CAGCGCAGCAGGACGAAAAAGGAGACAAAGGGACAGCAGCAGCAGCAGCAGCAGCAGCAGCAGCGCCAAGAGGAUCCUGCUGCGAAGCGCCAGAGCCCCCCUUCUUCAGUGCGGCAGCUUGCCGCUGCUGCUUUGCUGCAGCAGCAGCAGCAGCAGCAGCAGCACCCCGCGGGGCUGGGCCACGGCCCCCCGAGGGGACAGAAGCAACAGAAGAAGCUGCUGCAACUGACGGGCUGGAGACAGAUGCCGGCGUGGGCCGCUGCAGCAGCAGCAGCAGCAGCAGCAAAAGCGGCAGCAGCAAGUGCAGCAGCAGCAGCAGCAGCAGAAGUGGAAGCAGCGCGAGCGCCGCUAAGUCCCUUCUGA